AUGAGUGUUAUGUUUGCAAACUCGCGAUCCAAUCAAUCGAAUAAUGGUUAUUUGGUUGAAUUCAAGGCUGGCCGGUCGAAUUUGCAAGCAGGCUCGACAGUUGAUAGACGAAAGGUUGUGGCUGAUAAAACGAAAGGAUUAGUUUUCAUCAAGCAAUCCAGUGAUCAGCUGGUGCACUUUUGCUGGAAAAAUCGUGAAACUGGAGCGGUUGUAGAUGAUUUGAUCAUUUUUCCUGGCGACACGGAAUUUUUGCGAGUAAAAGAAUGUACGGACGGUCGCGUCUAUAUGUUGAAAUUCAAAAGUACGGAUGAGAAACGUCUAUUCUGGAUGCAAGACGGUAAAACUGACAAGGACGAUGAAAACUGCAAGAAAGUAAAUGAAACACUAAAUAAUCCCCCAGCCCCACGAGCGGCAGCACGCGGAGGAGCCGAUCGUACGGGUGCUUCAUCGUUCGGCACUUUAGCAGCUUUAGGCAAUGCAGGUGCGGAUGGUGAACUUGGAGCACUGGGAAAUUUAGAUCAAAGUCAAUUGAUGCAAUUACUUUCACUGAUGAAUCAUACAAACGGCGCGUCAGCUAGUGAAGCAACCAACCUUUUACCACAACUUCCACUUGUUACUGAUGCGUCCCAUCCAGUAAUAUCAGAAGAAAGCGGAGCAACAUCCACACAGGGAGCAACACCAUCCAAUACACCUGCUAAUGGGACUGUUGCCGAUAGCACGUCAAAUAAUGCAGUACAGUUAUCGCAAUUGAAAGAAAUUAUUGCAAGUAUAACACCACCCGAUGGAUCCGGAAGAAAACAUUUUAUAUCCGUUUUAGUUUCAAUUGAUUUUACUGAUGUAAUUUGCUGUGCUGACAAAAUCAACGAUGUUCUGGUGAAAUAUGCUGAACGAUUGACUCCUCAUUUACCCAAUCAAGAGCCCAUCUACAAUAAUCAAGAAGAACUGGAACAAACACUUCGUACACCCCAAUUUCGGCAAACAGCUGAUAUUUUCGGCCAUGCCUUGCAGAGUGGACAGCUGGCACCAGUAUUGCGACAGUUCGGUAUUGAUGGAAAUAUAGCCACAGCUGCUGGAAGUGGAGACAUGAUUGCGUGGGCAACGCAGUUUACGGCAAGUGAGAGUGGCAAGGAAAAAGCUGCAGCGAAAAUCGAAACUUUGUCCCAUCCAGACAUGGAAUCGGAUGUUGAAGAUGAAGAAACUAAUGAAAAGGCUGUUCGUGAAACAGAGCACAGAUCCGACGACCACAUGGACCUCGAUUAA